UUCUAACAUAAACUAAACAGAUGUUGCAAAGUCACGAAAGUCAUUGAACAACAUGAAGGCUGUUGCAAGUAUUUUCUUGUCGUCACUGUUUGUUUUGAAAUGCUCUGGCGCUCUUUUGAACAGAACAAACAUCAACAAAAAUGCUUUUGGAAUCGAAAAAAGUUUUAAGACGUUUUGUAAUGACUCCGAGCAUGGACAGUCCAACGAUUCUCUGAGCUGCGGUUGUGAUUAUCACUGUGCGAUUUAUGGAGAUUGCUGUCAAGACGCGUACAGAUAUCAGAAUGGUGACAUUUUUUCUAAGGGUCAUAGUUUGUUUUCUUUGACCAACAAGAUACGUGACACGUAUGAGUGCGAGUUUCUUUCUGGGCAAAGUAAGCCAGUCUACAUCAUCAAACGAUGCCCUGGGUCUUGGAAGGCUUCAAUUCAAGUGAAGGAUUACUGCGAAAAUAUCGCGAAUGAUUCAUAUUCGGUUCCUCUCGAAAGUGUCCCUGUAAUUGGACGGACGACAGGUUUUGUUUACAGAAACAUGUACUGCAGCAUGUGCCACAAUGAAAAUAACGUAACAUUCUUUAAGGUGGAGUACACCUGUAACUUUACGACAAAUUUUCGCUUUAAACCGCGUUUUUCAAGGCGACCGCAGAAAAUGAACAUUUCUGAAGUUGCAAAGCAGUGUACCGCUUCGUAUAAGAGACCGACUGACAGGAGUGACACGGACCGAUCUUUACUGCACUGUAAUAAUGUGACAACAUGCAGUCUGAAGGAUAGCAUUUAUAGGCAUUGGUGCGAAGAAUCAACGUCGGACACUUUAGAGGCCGUGGUAUAUGGAAAUACGACGUACAAAAACAAAUACUGUGCAGUGUGCAACGGGUUGAAUGUUGACCAGUUUUCAAGUCAGCCAUUUCCAACAAAACCCAGCCCUUUGUCCAGUGGUUCAUGGAUUCCUUCGUAUCGUGUUUUAUUCGAUCCAAAUUCACUUUCAUUUGAAUGGAAUAUUAUGGGUCACUCAACCACUGAAACAUUUGAAAAAUGUCCCGAAGGGCAGGUAUUCGUCGUCCCCAUGGCAACGUGUCAACGGGUGCUGUGUGGCGAUGGAGAAACAUUGUGGAAUAACACGUGCAUACGAAAACCUGAUCACGAUGUCCCUCAAAAUUACACAGCUAAAAAUAUCAGCCCGACCAUUCUUGGGUGUCUUAAACUGAACUACAGCGAUUUUGUUUUGCGCCAGGAUGGAUCAGUGUUUAUCAAUGCAACUGAGGAAAUAUUUUCACCUGGCACUUAUGACGUAAAUGGUGACAGUCACAUAAUCGUUUGCUCUAACUUCUCUCAAAAUUACAGCAAAAACGAGGAUGUAAAUAUAGAAAAGGCAAUUGCUUUUCGUUUCAAUGACGCACAAGCUAUACUUUCUCUGGUUGGCCUCGUCAUUUCCACGGUUUGUCUCGGUCUUCACUUCUUUAUUUACGCACUGUUGCCAAGUCUAAGAAAUCUUCCAGGAAAAGUUCUGAUGUCCCUAGUAGCCUCCUUGUGUGUUGCUCAAUUCCUUUUUAUGCUGACUCCAGUUUGGAAAAAAACAGAAUCCGCCUGCGUUGCGUUUGCGGUAUUAAUGCACUACUCAUACCUGGCUGCGUUUUUUUGGAUGAACGUCAUGUCCUUCGAUAUUUGCCACACGUUUUCCAUCUCAAUUACAACUUUCAAGCAGAAUAGAAGAUCUAUGAAGUUCAUUUAUUAUUCGUUAUAUGCUUGGGGUUCAUCGAUUUUAAUAACGUCGACUUCUUUAAUCAUCGAUCACGCUGAUGUUCCAACCUCGUAUAAGCCUCGAUACGGUGCCUAUGGAAUCUGCUGGAUAACACAAAAAUACGGCCUUCUGAUUUUCUUUCUCGCUCCGGUGGCAUUGCUCUUGCUGCUUAACAUGGUUUUCUUUGCAAUGUCUGUGCAUGGUAUUAGAAAAGUUUCCAAAGCAGCAAAAUUUGCUAAGCCAAAAGCGGCAGCCAACAGAAGAAGAGUGAUUCUUUACACAAAAUUAUCCAUUGUUAUGGGUCUCUCUUGGAUUGUAGGGUAUGUUGCCAUGGCAUCAAACUUCACAGAACUUUGGUAUCUUUUCAUAUUUCUAAAUACGUGGCUGGGCGUUUUCAUAUUUUUGGUUUUUGUUUGUAACAGAAAGGUUUACAGAACGAUUAUAGAAAAGUUCACACACAACCAUAGAUCACUUUCGACGAAGAGCAACACAUCCACGACUACAACCCGUUUUUCCGUAUCUUCAAGAACAUUUAGCGAAAGAAUAAAAAAAUGAUCUCGAGAAGACGUGGCGGUACCCAACGCAAAAUCCAAGGUACUUCGAUCUCUCUACACUUCCAGGCAGAAAAUCGGCUAAAGCCAGCUAUUUUAAUAGUUUUCUAAAUUGUUGGGUUAGGCAGUAGAAUCCGCAUACAAUCAGAAUGUUAGAUAAAUUUUAGUAAGAUUCAUUCUGCGAAUUAUAGACCUGCUCGAUUGUGCCGCAGAUAAUGAAAAAAGUUGUCAUAUGCACUGCCCCAUUCAUUCUGUGAACAUCGGCGGCAAGAAGCAGUAACCGUUACGUGCCGAUGCAUUUACUUUAACAGCCAUCUUAAAACGUGCCGAACGAGCAACGGUGGUUACUAUUCCCACUUGUUUACUUGACGUUUGGUUGAAAACCAGUCAACUUCCUCUAGUUUUGUUUGAUCUUGUCAAACGUUUAACUGUACCUGGAUUUAAAUGGACCUCGUUUUCCCAACAAAGACCAAUAGUGCACCCAUUU